CGCCAUGCAGUCUCUCUGCGCUCUGAUCCUCACUCCGUGUGGACAACUGUGGAGCUGCGACACACGGAGUCUGGAGUCUGACUGACUGGAAAUGACUGGUGCAGAGAAACUUUUUGGAUACGAGUUAAAAUAGAUUUCAAGAGAUACAUUUAACAACAGGAAUACGCCAAAUAAAUGGGACAACAAAAAUCGCGAGAGCUUGAAUCGCUCCAGUUGAACGCGCGGUUCAGUUUGGCCAACUUUGUGAACUAAACACCAUCCGAGCUGCUUCAGUCAGCGCAGCAGCAGCAGCAGCAGCAGCAGCAGAGGAACAGGAGGCUGGAUGUGGCACAAGGAGACGGGUCAGUGAGCCGCAGAGAGCCGGGUGUGAGUUUCCCAGUGUCCAACUCUCCAAUGUCAGCAGACAGGAUGAUGAUCAUUGGACUCCUGCUCAACAUCUUCUCUCAUGGUGGCGUGCCAGUUUCCGCGUCCUUGGACUGUCUGGUGGCCGAGCAGAGCUGCAUCCAGGUGCAGUCCUGCAAGGUUCUCUACAGGCUGCUGGAGUACUGUGCGGCUGAGGAGGCCGUGUCGCCCCUCGGUGCCGAUGCCCGCUUGGAGUGCCUGGAGGCCCAGAACUCCCUGCAGCACUACCGCCCGCUUCGAAUCUGCAAGUGCCAGCGUGGCUCUCGCAGGGAGGAACACUGCCUCAGGGUGUACUGGACAGUGAGGUUUGCAGCGUACGAGGAGUAUGAGGUGACUCCAUAUGAAGAACUGCAGUUGAAUCUGGUUCGAAACAUUGAGAUGUCUCGAAUGGCCUCCAUCAUGGCAGCUUCCACUCUUUCUGUGGACGGACAAAACCAGUGUCUGAAAGCGGCCCAGGACUGCGGCCUGUAUGAGAAAUGUGGCUCCCUGCGGUCAGAAUAUGUCGUGGCCUGUACCAAGCGAGCGACAGUCUCUGACAACAGCUGCAACCGCCAGAAAUGCCACCGAGCCCUGCGGCGUUUCCUCGAGCGCGUGCCAGAGGAGUACAGCUUUGCUCUGCUCUUCUGUCCCUGCUCUGACACUCUGUGUGGGGAGCGCCGCAGGAAAACCAUCGUCCCGUCCUGCUCCUACGAGGAGAAUGUGAAAGGGGAGGAUAAAGUCGGCAAACCCAACUGCCUUAGCCUGCAGAACUACUGCUCCAGAGACGAGCUGUGUAGAUCCCGGUUUGCUGAUUUCCAACACAACUGCCAGCCCUCCGCUCUGUCUGCCUCUGGCUGUAUGCGAGAGAGUCGAGCCAUGUGCCUGAAGGCCUACACUGGACUCAUAGGCACCAUCAUGACUCCCAACUAUGUGAGCAACAGCAGCACAGAGGUGUCCCAGUGGUGCACGUGUGAGGGCAGCGGGAACGAAUGGCAGGGCUGUCAGCGUAUCCUGCACAUGUUCAGCAGCAACAUAUGCCUGCGCAAUGCAAUCAGCUCCAUGGGAAUCUCUGCAUCUCCUCCUGUGGAAAAAAACACUCCUGCACCCGCUUCGGAGCCCUCCCCGCACGUCUACCAGGAGAGGGUCCAUGUCAGUGUUAACACUCUCCCUGAAUUCAACAGCAUGGAGGACAGCGAGGAAGAGGAGCGGGACGAGGAAGGAAGCGAGGAAUUUAAUGUCAUCCCUCCGUACUCAGAGAAGGACUCUAACAUCGAAUCGGAGGCCAGAGGAAGUACACAGGGAGCAGCCAGCCGAGCAGUACCUGUGUUCCCUUUACUGCUGCUGCCUACACUCAUCCUGGACUGCUGGAGCUACUGAAGCACCCGUCUGAUUUUUCCAUCUCCACACACGUAAUGCAACACAGAGGACAUUUGCUAGGGAGAAAUGCUUGAUUUCUUUUUCCUCACUUUUUUCAUUUUUCAAAUACCCAGACUUUACUUUCCUAUUCUGUUUCUGCUAUCACUGCCUCCUCAAGAGCUUAAAGAUAUCAGUAGUGCUGCAGUAUGUGCCGCGUCUUUGCUCCAGUCCGCUCCUAUGAAAGGAAGCCAACAACGUGAGCAGAUAUAUGAGUGCAUGGGUGAAUUUAGAAGUGCUGUCUGGGCAAAUGCUCUAUCUAGAGCCUGCUUCACACUCAAAGUGCAUCCCCUCUUUUAACAAGAAGCACAUCGCCCAAGGCCACAUCCUCUAUACACACUCCAAAAAAACCCUAACCAGGCUGCUCCGCCGCAACCAGACCCUGAGCACGGCUUUUGAUUUCUAUUUCAUGACUCAUGUCACAUCCGUUUCUCCAUUGCCCCUUUGGCUCUUCCUCCCUCCCUCCCCGCUUCGUACUAUGGUUGAAGAGGAUAAUCCCAUUUACAACAAGCUAAUAAGAAACUGCUUCACACUUAAACCUCUUUGUACCAUCGAAAAAACACUUUUUAAAAAAGUAAUUAGUCAAGAAAAAAAGUCACAUUAUGUAUCAUCUUAUGCCUUUUCAUCCUCUGCUUCUCCUCACUUUGUGUUCUAGAAAGAGGGUAAAAGUCGCCCCGCUCUGCUUCUUUUGUUCACACGCCACUUGGUAUUAUUACUACUGAGGGUGAGUGGCUGACAAUUCAACCUCGGGCGGACGUAAUGAGAUCAAAUUCCAUUGUAGAAAUGACGAGCAGAGAAAAGCAACACGAGCAAUUACAGCACAACUCAAAUUGCUCGGCAUGCAGGGAAGGUCUGGAGUGAGGCUCAGGGGAGGAAAUAGCCAAUUUACUGCUGUCAUACUCUCUCAGUUUUUUUUCUUCUUCUCCUUAGGAGGUGUUUUUUUUUAGUGCUCCUUUUACCCAUCAUGUGCUUCAGAUGUUGUGAGAGCGAGCUGUGGAGAUAGGGACGGACACAGGAGGCUGUAAAGCCUGCUGGCUGCUCUGAUCAUUGAGCAGCACAUUGAGCCAUUCUCUCUGCCUCAAAUAGCUUCUGCUGAUGUUAAUGAUUUUUUUCUCUUAUGGAUCAUUUUCGUGUGAAAUUACCCAGCUGCGGGGAGGUAAAAGGAAGUAUGGGGAUGUUUUUUUGUGGCGGUUAAGUUAGCAAGAAACAAGCCAUCUGAGCUCUGCAAGGAUGUUACAUUUGAUUAUAUCACCGUCAAUUCCUGUAUGUAUUUAGAUAGACAUUCAAAAAGAACGGUUUUCUAAACACAUCUGUGUUCAGGUGCAUAAGAACACUGCACAAACAAGACUUCAACAAAGAAUCAGAUGGAAAAACUUAUCAGACACUCUUGGGGACAGCUUCAUCGUGUCCUCCUGGUUUUAACUGUUGUCACUAUGAGGACCACAGCACAUCCAGCUUAAAGACACCAGUUCAAUCCAAACUUUUUGUUGGAUUAAAAACAUUUUGGCCGAUAAAUUUAUGCAGUUUAGUAGCCAUUGUGAGAUUGACCAAAAAGUUAAUUUUGGAGCCUGUAUGUUAUGUAAUAACAGCAGUGACACAAUGAUGUGGGACUUGAGAAGACAGACCACUGACAUGGUGGCGCCAGAUAGCCAGGAUAGCCAGGUUAUGUUUAGAGCCCUAUGUAUAGAGGCUAUAGGCCUCAUCGCAGCGGCCAUGGGUUCUUUGCUGCAUGUCAUCCCCCACUCUCUCCUCCCCACAUUUCCUGUCUCUCUUUUGGCUGUCCUAUCUAUAAAAGCAAAAACGCCCCUCAAGAAACACAUCUCUAAAUAUAACAUUCAAAGCCUUCUUAGAUGUUUAUAUAUCAAUUGAAGAGGCAAUACGGGCCAAUCCUUUUCAGCCCCACAGCUGGACUUGUUUACAUGAUGAUUUUCUGAAAUGAAAACUGAACCUUUUGAUAAGGGCCAACAGUGAAAAGGCAGAAACGCACUGGAAGCGCGUGAGCUACACUUUUUUCAAAUGCAGGUCCAUCACUACUUCAAACUUGAGUUUGAUGUUUAGAAGUCAGAGUUGGACUUCAAUGGAUGUUGUAAGGUUAUUAAACCUGUACUGAGUGAGUGUUACCCAGCCGGGGGAAAUAUGACAUCAUGUAGGGUUUUUUUUCUAACCUCAGUCUUGUUAAGAGUUACAUUAAAGGAAAGGUGUGAGGUGAAGAGCUCUGAAGUGUGACUGCAAGCUUAGAAGGUGCCAGGAAAAUUACUUAUUUGGAGAGAACAUUUGAAAUAAAAAGUCUGCCCACACGACUCGUUGGUAUCCAGAAGUAUUUGAACCAACACUGAGGUGGAGCGGAGAAAGGCUGAUAGAUAAACAUGUUAGAUAAACAUAACCCGUCCUGUUGGCACAGCGCAGUAUCAGUCAUGCUGCUCCAUCAAAUAUCUCAUCUGCAGUUAUUCAUAAAGCAUCUUAAUAAACAGCAUCAAGGGUCAAUAACAGCAUCCAGUGCGCUCUGGCCUUAAUGACUGAAUGUGAGUUUACAUGUAUCUUCACAUUUCUAUAAGUUUGUUUAUAUUUGUAAACUAUGUAAAGUAACAGUUUACAUUAAACAUGGCUUUUAUUAUUUUGGAUGAGUAAAGGAGUGGGGGGGGAAAAAAGUGUAUUAUUCAUCCAUUAAUAAAAUGUGGUAACACUUAGCGAGGGUCCAUGAAUGAUCAUUAACUUAUACAUGACUUCAUGAAUGGCAAAGGAAGAAGUCAAUCAUGAGGCAUGAACAAGAAUCGACAGUAACUCAUGUUAGGGAAUCUCAGUCAUGAUGGUUUCUUUGUUAUGUUCUUUUGUUCUUCAUGUCGACAGUAAUCAACUCACCUCUCACAGCUCAUGUGUUCUGGUGAAUUCAAAGAGAAGUUAGUCAUGACCUAGUGUUAGUCAUGAUUAGGUGACUUCAUCAUGUUGGCUGCCCUUUAAACAAAGUGGAGACCUGCUGUGUCUGGAGGCCUAUUCACACCUGCACUUUGCAGGAUAUAAACGUCCUCACUCGCUCACGAAAUAUAACCUGCUGCUUUCACACAUCGGCUCACUAUGACUAAUUGCCGUUAUUUUACCAAGGGGGGCCGGCAGUAAUAAGGCAGGAUAAAGUCGGUUUCAGAAAUGUGUCCAUUUGCCACCACACAUUGAAAAAUGUCAGGAAAUGUUCAGGAGUUGUGUGAACAGAGCGUUGGACAAUGAUGAAAAAAAAAUUCCAACUCACUUAUCCAAACUUGAGAAUUUAAUGGAGUUCAAUAUUUGAUCUAAUUUAUACUGUCAGUCUUUUAAAUACACAAAGCCUUACUUACUUAUUCAUCAGACCUGAUAAAGUCAGUCAAGAACUCAUUAUGAUGAUAAAAGCAGAAAUCUUUCCCCAUGAAGAAGACAUGCUCAUCAUUUCUAACUCAGAAGGAUGAUUGAAUUGUUCUUUCUCUCAGUGAUAUGAGACUUCUAGUUCAUCGUUGUAUAUUCCGUUUAGUUGAGCUCUUCUUUUUGGACGUGAAGUCAUUAUAAUAUUAAUGAUCAUUCCCUGGACACAAAUGUUACCCAAAAUCUUUUAAAAGUGUUUUGUGAAUAUUUUCUGAAUGAGUUCUGAGUUUUUACCUUUUUAGAUCUAGUUGAGAGACAAUGUACAGUACGAUGUUUCACACGCUUACCUUCUUUUAAAGACAUAUCAAACAUGCCAAAUACUUCUGACUGUACGUGUAAUAACUGUGUAAUUUUGUGACAUAGCAGAACAGUGUGCCAAUUUGUUAAAAGAUGAAUAAAAGUCACAGUGAAAAGGCCA